AUGUCUCUCACCAACAUUCUACCGAGUACUCUCGCCACUCACGGAGGUGGUUUGUUAGAUCCUCAGAAACUCUUCGAUGAAAUUUGGCAGGCCGACGUGAAUCGCAUCACACCUCUCAAUGCUCUUCCUUCAAAACCUGGUGAAUACUAUACUCCAUAUAUAUGUCUCGUGUUGAGUCAAAUCAAUUCAAAUCAACAUCACUUGUUCAAUUUGUACAAGUACCAUUCCUCAUUACAAAGCUAUGUGAAAACCAAUCCUCGUGAAUUUUUAAAAUCUCGAUUGCCUCAAACUCGAACCUAUUCUCUCAUUGCAACAUUAUUUGAUAAUUAUAAAGAAGAUCAACGAUUGAGAGAAACCAAUACAGAACAAGAAGCGAUUGAAAUUGAUGAAUUUUUGGAUGGAAUUUUGCAGACGCGAUGCAUUCAAUUAUUGGGAGCCUAUUUGAAACAAAUUGGUUUGAUUAAAAGAAUCAAUGACGAAGAGGGAGAGCAUGAGAGCAUGAGAAUGACAGCAGAAAGCGGUGUAUCACCUUCAUUGAAAUCAUUCUUAUUGAAUAUGUGGUUCCAACAAUAUCCUUUGAAUUUCAAUAAUCCAGAUUUAUCAGGAUUUGAACAUUGUGUGGUUGGAGAGAGAAAUAAGCAAAAAGUUUCUGGAUAUCAUUAUUGGUUUAAGUAUUAUUAUGACGACUCAGUCUACAAUGAACGAGGAUUUGAUUCCAUCUCUGCUAGUGUUCGAAGGGAUCAACAACUCACACCGGAUUUUGUCCAAGUUCAAUUCAAUAAGAUAUCUCAAGAUAGUCCCUAUCAUUUCACACAAGGAGAUUUGAAAUCCAUGUGGGUUGGUGUCUCUCCCGAAUGUUACAUUGCAUUGUUGACAUUGGCUCAAGUCGUUCACUCAUCUCCUGCCCUAAGACACAUUCUCGAUUGUGUGCCCAUUCAUGGAAGUUGGUAUCGAAUUGAGGUGCAGUCAGCGGUGGAUAAUGAGACUGGAGAGGUUCGUCUUCGAAGUGUGUUUCCAGAGUUUAGAGGUUUGAUUUUAAUAAGUGGGCAAUAA